CUCUCAGCGCAGGUCAGUCACUUGGCACCGACUACACACCGGUUCUCUCUCACCGGAACUCACUCAGUGGAUGUGCCCGAUUGAGUGAGCUCUUGUUUUGGGGGCUUUUGUUUUAUUUUUUCUUGUCUUUUCAUUUCUUCUUCUUCUUCUUCUUCUUCACGCUCCAGAGCAGCGAUUAAAAAGCAUCACCGGGGUGAACGCGUCUCAACUCGCCCCCUCAACCCCCGCCGCUGUCGUGGGGGGAAAUGACAAGCGAGAGACCGGUGACAAUGCCGGGCUCCGUGUCGCUCUCGCACCGACAACCUCCUCCAGGUCACGGGCAGCACGCGGCUGCCGUCUCCGGUGAGGCAGCGAUGAUGUCCGGCUCGGGUCCGGUGCUCCUCCCGGCAGGGAUUAUCAAUCCGUCGGUUCCAAUCCGGAAUAUCAAGAUGAAAUUUGCGGUUCUAAUCGGACUGAUCCAGGUUGGAGAGGUUAGCAACCGGGAUAUUGUGGAAACGGUGCUGAAUCUGUUGGUCGGCGGUGAGUUCGACAUGGAGGCAAACUUCAUUAUCCAGGAUGCGGAAAGCAUCGGUUGCAUGGUGGAGCUGCUGGAGAACUGUGACGUCACCUGUCAGGCGGAAAUCUGGAGCAUGUUCACGGCCAUCCUUAGAAAAAGUGUCAGAAACCUGCAAACGUGCACCGAGGUUGUACUCAUCCAGCAGGUGCUGCUCAAAAUGAGCUCAGUGGAAGACAUGAUUGCAGACUUGCUAGUGGACAUGUUGGGAGUGCUAGCCAGCUACAGCAUCACAGUUAAGGAACUGAAGUUGCUCUUCAGCAUGCUCCGAGGGGAAGGAGGCCUCUGGCCGAAGCACGCUGUCAAAAUGUUGUCAGUGUUGAAUCAGAUGCCCCAGAGACACGGCCCAGAUGCCCUCUUCAACUUCCCCGGUCGCAGUGCAGCAGCCAUUGCUUUACCUCCUAUUGCCAAGUGGCCUUAUCAGAAUGGGUUUACGUUCAACACCUGGUUCCGAAUGGAUCCCUUGAAUAACAUCAACGUCGACAAGGACAAACCAUACCUCUACUGCUUUCGCACAAGCAAAGGCAUCGGCUACUCUGCACACUUUGUCGGUAACUGCUUGAUCGUGACAUCACUCAAGUCUAAAGGAAAAGGUUUCCAGCAUUGUGUGAAGUACGAUUUUCAGCCAAGGAAGUGGUACAUGAUCAGUAUCGUUAACAUCUACAGCCGCUGGAGAAACAGUGAAAUCCGAUGCUACGUUAAUGGGCAGCUUGUGUCGUACGGAGACAUGGCAUGGCACGUCAACACAAAUGAUAGUUAUGAUAAGUGCUUCCUCGGGUCCUCUGAGACAGCGGACGCUAACAGAGUAUUCUGCGGGCAGCUGGGAGCCGUCUAUGUGUUCAGUGAAGCCCUCAAUCCUGCACAGAUAUUUGCAAUUCAUCAGCUUGGGCCAGGCUACAAGAGCACAUUCAAGUUCAAGUCAGAGAGUGAUAUCCACUUAGCAGAGCAUCACAAGCUGGUGUUGUACGACGGCAAGUUAGCCAGCUCCAUCUCCUUCACCUAUAACGCCAAGGCCACCGACGCUCAGCUCUGCCUGGAGUCCUCGCCUAAAGAAAACGCCUCCAUCUUUGUGCACUCACCACACGCCCUCAUGCUACAGGAUGUGAAAGCCACGGUGACUCACUCCAUCCACAGUGCCAUCCACUCCAUCGGUGGGAUCCAGGUGCUCUUUCCCCUCUUUGCUCAGCUGGACUAUCAUCAGCUGAACGACAGCCAGGUGGAAACCACUGUUUGUGCCACUCUCCUGGCAUUUCUCAUUGAGCUGCUCAAGAGCUCUGUGGCCAUGCAGGAGCAGAUGCUCGGGGGAAAGGGCUUUUUGGUGAUUGGAUACCUGCUAGAGAAGUCGUCACGUGCCCACAUCAGCAGGUCUGUACUAGAGCAGUUCCUCUGCUUUGCAAAGUACCUGGACGGUUUGACACACGGGGCACCACUGCUGAAGCAGCUGUGUGACCAUAUCCUGUUCAACGCUGCCAUCUGGAUCCACACCCCUGCCAAGGUACAACUCUCUCUCUACACAUACCUGUCCUCUGAGUUCAUCGGCACGGCAACCAUCUAUAACACAAUUCGUCGAGUGGGCACGGUGCUCCAGCUCAUGCAUACGCUUAAGUACUACUACUGGGCCGUCAACCCUGCAGACAGCAGCGGCCUCGCGCCAAAGGGUCUCGAUGGUCCAAGGCCGACCCAGAAGGAAAUUACUUCUCUGCGGGCGUUCAUGCUUCUCUUCCUCAAGCAACUCAUCCUGAAGGACCGAGGUGUGAGGGAAGAUGAGCUGCAGAGCAUCCUCAACUAUCUGUUAACAAUGCAUGAGGAUGAGAAUCUGCAUGAUGUGCUGCAGUUGGUGGUAGCACUCAUGUCUGAGCAUCCCGCCUCUAUGAUCCCUGCUUUUGACCAAAGAAAUGGAAUACGGGUGAUCUACAAGCUCAUGGCCUGCAAGAGUGAGAGCAUUCGAGUACAAUCCCUCAAAGUCCUUGGGUAUUUCCUCAAGCAUUUGGGCCAUAAGAGGAAGGUGGAGAUCAUGCACACACACAGCCUCUUUACUCUCCUGGGAGAGAGGCUCAUGCUGCACACCAACACUGUGACGCUGACAACCUACAACACUCUGUACGAGAUCCUGACAGAGCAGGUGUGCACGCAGGUUGUUCAUAAACCUCAUCCGGAGCCCGACUCCACCGUCAAGAUUCAGAACCCGAUGAUCCUCAAGGUGGUAGCGACCUUACUGAAGAGCUCUGCCCACAGUACAGAGCUGAUGGAGGUGCGGCGACUCUUCCUUUCAGACAUGAUCAAACUGUUUAGCAACAGCCGAGAGAACAGACGGUGUCUUCUCCAGUGCUCGGUUUGGCAGGACUGGAUGUUUUCCCUUUGCUACAUCAACCCCAAAAACUCUGACGAGCAGAAGAUCACCGAGAUGGUGUACAACAUCUUUCGUAUUCUCCUCUACCACGCCAUCAAGUAUGAGUGGGGAGGAUGGCGCGUGUGGGUGGACACGCUCUCUAUAGCCCAUUCUAAGGUAACAUAUGAGGCACAUAAAGAGUACUUGGCUAAGAUGUAUGAAGAAUACCAGCGUCAGGAGGAGGUGAAUAUUAAGAAAGGUAUAAAGGGGCUGGUCAGCACCAUCUCUGGUCUUUCUGCUCAGGCGUCUGGGAUCCAAGGUGCAAUAGAGAUCAGAGAAAUGGACGAUAACUCCCGGACACCUGAGAGCGAGACGGACUUUGAGAGCGCAGACUCGCGCAACCUGCUGGCUGAAGGGAAGGGGCCGGAGGAGGGUCUGAGCGGAAUGGAGGGUGUGGUCGACGGGGUCAGGGUCGAAGUUCACGACCUCCUGGUGGACAUCAAGGCUGAAAAGGUGGAAGCCACUGAGGUUAAACUGGAUGAUUUGGACUUGUCGUCUGAAACUUUGGGCGUAUCCGUGAAUGGAUCACUGGUGGAGGUGGAUUCGCUGUUGGAUAAUGUUUAUUGUGCUGCUGUGGUAAAGCUCAGCAGUAAUGGCAACAAUGUGCUGUUGCCAAAGAGCAGCAUGGACGACCGAAAUGCAACCCCUCUCAUUACACUCGAUGAUGACAGGGACAUUAUCGCUAAUGACAACAACUUCCUGUUUGGCAAGGUGACAAGCAGCAUGGAGGACAAGCUCCUGCCUGAUCUCAGUCCAGCUGAGCCUCUGGUCCUGCGCAGCCAAGGGCCUCCUGUGCACACCAGCGCCAGUGAUGAACUGGGCCUUCUAGCUCACAUGACAGGCAGCUCUGAGCUCGGCUCCUUACCUGUUAUCCUGGAGAAGGAUGAGUUUGAACUGCAGGCAGCCUUGGAGGGCAUCAGCUCUGUGGCUGGUACUGAGACGGAGGCUUCAUCCAAAAGCCCGGAGGUCACUAAGGGAACAGCUGCAGUGGUAUCUGACGGGGAGCCCUCGGCUGGUAGGACCAGCGGCACAGCAGACGCCACAAGCAACGCUUCUGACACAGCGCGAUCGGAUGACGACAAAGACAAGGAGAUAAAGAAGAUUCAGACAACAGCCACCACACAGAGUCUACACGGCCGCCAUGCUCCUCAUAUGGAGAGGGACAUCCGCGUGGACCUCGGCUUCAGGGGCACGCCCAUGACAGAGGAGCAGCGGCGUCAGUUUAGCCCUGGCCCACGAACCACGAUGUUCCGUAUCCCAGAGUUCAAAUGGUCGACCGUGCACCAGAGGCUGCUCACCGACCUGCUGUUUGCACUGGAGAGCGACGUCCAUGUCUGGAGGAGCCACUCCACCAAAUCUGUCAUGGACUUUGUUAAUAGUAAUGAAAACAUAAUUUUUGUCCACAACACCAUCCACCUCAUUUCACAAAUGGUUGACAACAUCAUUAUUGCCUGUGGAGGGAUUCUGCCUCUUCUCUCAGCGGCCACCUCUCCGUCUAGUGCCAAGACUGAGUUGGACAACAUCGAGGUGACACAGGGCAUGUCCUCGGAGACCGCACUCACCUUCCUGUCCCGUCUCAUGGUUAUGGUGGACGUGUUGGUGUUCUCCAGUUCCCUCAACUUCAGUGAGAUCGAGGCUGAGAAGAACAUGUCCUCCGGGGGCCUGAUGCGUCAGUGCCUCAGACUCGUGUGUUGCGUGGCUGUUAGGAACUGUCUGGAGUGCAGGCAGAGACACAGAGACAGGGGAAGUAAGUCUUACAUCCCCAACAACAACAAGACUCAGGAAAUCCUGCUAAAUGCUGUGACUUCCAGCAAGACAGCCAUAGAGAUUGUCCCUUGUAACCUGUCUCCCAUCAAGGACCCCGAUCGCCUUCUGCAGGAUGUAGACAUUAAUCGUCUGCGAGCUGUGGUGUUCCGUGAUGUGGAUGACAGUAAGCAAGCCCAGUUCCUGGCUCUGGCUGUGGUGUACUUCAUCUCUGUCCUCAUGGUCUCCAAGUACCGCGACAUCCUGGAGCCCCAGCGUGAGAUGGCCAGGAGAAGCAGCCAUUCAGGCCACAGCAUGCGUCGGGAGAUCAACUCACCCACCAGCACAGAAACACCCCUAGCAUUCAGCAGCAGUAAGGAUCAUCUUGGACCAUCAGAGAACCUCCACAUGGAGAGCUCUCUGCCCCGCACAGACUCUGGGAUUGGAGAGGAGCACGUAGCCAGCAUCCUUAACGGGUCUGACCCAGAUCCCGGCGCCGGAGGGCCGGACGCUGUUGGCGAGCAGAUAUCCACGUUGUCCUCGGAGGUGAAGAAGUCCAGGGAGAGUCUGUCUGAGUCACCCACCGUGGAGCUGCAGAAACCGCCCUCCUCCAUCAGCAGCAUUAGCCAGCCCAACAAGGGCAUCAGUGUCAAGGAGAUCCUGAAGAGCCUGGUGGCCGCUCCAGUGGAGGGGAUGGAGACUGGGCUGGAGCCGGUGUCCUACCCAGACCCUGCUGCCCAGGCCCAGGCCAUGCUGCCCAUGCAGUUUCACUCCUUUGACAGGAGCGUGAUGGUGCCAGUGAAGAAAACGUGCCCUGGCAGCCUGGCAGUUAACACAGUGGGGAGCAGCAGCAGCACCUCUGCCGGCCUGACAGCUGGCAGCACCCCCAACAUCUUUGCCUCUGCCACCGCGACCCCAAAAAGCAUGAUCAACACCACGGGAGCCACUGAGGCUGCCCCCCCUACAUCCUCCUCAUCCUCCAGUUUUGUAACUGGAGCCACCAGUAAAAACCUGCCUGCCGUGCAGCCGGUGGCCCCCAUGCCUGAAGACACAGUAGAGAACAUGAGCAUCACUACAAAGCUGGAGAGGGCCCUGGAGAAGGUGGCGCCCCUGCUGAGGGAGAUCUUUGUCGACUUUGCACCUUUCCUAUCACGCACCCUGCUGGGCAGCCAUGGUCAAGAGUUGCUGAUAGAAGGUCUCGUGUGUAUGAAGUCGAGCACUUCAGUGGUGGAGCUUGUGAUGCUGCUUUGUUCUCAGGAGUGGCAGAACUCCAUUCAGAAGAACGCCGGCCUGGCCUUCAUUGAGCUAAUUAACGAGGGAAGGUUGCUCUGCCACGCCAUGAAGGACCACAUAGUGCGGGUCGCCAACGAGGCUGAGUUCAUCCUGAACAGGCAACGAGCGGAGGACGUCCACAAACACGCAGAGUUUGAGUCCAACUGCGCCCAGUACGCUGCGGACAGGAAAGACGAAGAGAAGAUGUGCGACCACCUGAUCAGUGCCGCCAAACACAGAGACCACGUGACGGCCAAUCAGCUGAAGCAGAAAAUCGUCAACAUCCUCACCAACAAGCACGGCGCCUGGGGGACGCUGGCCCAGAGUCAGCUGCACGACUUCUGGCGUCUGGACUACUGGGAGGAUGACCUGCGGCGGAGGCGGAGAUUUGUCAGAAACCCAUCUGGCUCCACCCACUUAGACAUCACGUGCAAGUCGCUGCAGGAAUAUGGCUCGGUGGAGGAUGAGGUCGUCAGGUCUAAGAAGUCCGUCCGCAUCCAGCCCAUGACGAGCCAGAACCCGGAGACGGAGCUGAUGCUAGAGGGAGACGAUGAUGCUGUCAGUCUGCUGCAGGAGAAGGAGAUGGACAACAUGGGUGGCCCCGUGGUUCUGAGCAGCCCGGCCCAGCUCGUGGCCCCUGUCCUGGUGGCCCGGGGGACUCUGUCCAUCACCACCACUGAGAUCUACUUCGAGGUGGACGAGGAUGACCCUGCCUUCAAGAGGGUCGACCCCAAGGUCUUAGUGUACACUGAGGGCUUACAUGGGAAGUGGAUGUUCAGUGAGAUCCGUGCAGUCUUCUCCAGACGUUACCUCCUCCAGAACACAGCAGUGGAGGUCUUCAUGGCCAACAGAACAUCAGUCAUGUUCAACUUUCCUGACCAGGCCACGGUAAAGAAAGUGGUCUACAGUCUUCCUCGUGUGGGAGUGGGCACCAGCUAUGGACUCCCACAAGCCAGGCGCAUCUCCCUGGCCACCCCUCGGCAGCUUUUCAAAUCCUCCAACAUGACCCAGCGCUGGCAGAGGAGAGAGAUCUCCAACUUCGAGUACCUCACGUUCCUCAACACGACUGCGGGGAGGACGUACAAUGACCUGAACCAGUACCCUGUCUUUCCCUGGGUCCUCACCAACUACGACUCCGAGGAGCUGGACCUGACACUGCCAGGGAACUUCAGAGAUCUCUCAAAGCCUGUUGGCGCUCUGAAUCCGAAGCGUGCUGCGUUCUACGCAGAACGCUACGAGACGUGGGAAGACGACCAGACACCACCUUGUCAUUACAACUCCCACUACUCCACCGCUGCCACCGCCCUGCACUGGCUUGUCAGAAUAGAGCCCUUCACCACAUUUUCCCUCAGUGUCAAUAACAACAAGUUCGACCACCCUGACCGCACCUUUUCAGCCAUUACCCGCUCCUGGAGGAACUGUCAGAGGGACACCUCCGACGUGAAGGAGCUGAUCCCUGAGUUCUACUACCUCCCGGAGAUGUUUGUCAACAGCAACGGCUACCACCUGGGAAUGAGGGAGGACAGGAGCCUGGUCUGUGACGUGGACUUGCCAGCCUGGGCCAAGAAGCCUGAAGACCUUGUUAGGAUAAACAGGAUGGCCCUGGAAAGCGAGUUUGUGUCAUGUCAGCUGCAUCAGUGGAUUGACCUUAUUUUCGGCUACAAGCAGCGAGGCCCGGAGGCGGUGCGUGCCCUCAACGUCUUUCACUACCUGACUUACGAGGGCUCCGUCAACCUGGACAGUAUCACUGACCCUUCGCUCAGAGAGGCCACAGAGGCACAGAUCCAGAGCUUUGGACAGACGCCAUCUCAGUUGCUUAUUGAGCCACAUCCUCCACGCAGCUCCGCCAUGCACCUGUGUUUCCUUCCACAGAGUCCUCUCAUGUUCAAGGACCAGAUGCAGCAGGAUGUCAUCAUGGUGCUGAAGUUUCCGUCCAAUUCCCCGGUGACCCACGUGGCCGCCAACACCCUGCCCCAUCUGAUCGUACCCGCCGUGGUCACCGUCACCUGCAGCCGCCUUUUUGCUGUCAACCGAUGGCACAACACCGUUGGUCUCCGAGGAGCACCGGGCUACUCUCUGGAGCAGGCCCAUCACUUACCCAUAGAGAUGGAUUCUCUGGUUGCCAACAGUACUGGAAGCAACAAGCGUCAGAUCACAGACCUGGUGGACCAGAGCAUCCAAAUCACCACACACUGUUUUGUGGUGACAGCUGACAACCGUUACAUCCUGGUGUGUGGCUUCUGGGACAAGAGCUUUCGUGUGUACUCCUCCGAGACAGGGAAGUUGACCCAGAUAGUCUUUGGCCACUGGGAUGUGGUGACGUGUCUGGCCAGGUCCGAGUCUUACAUCGGAGGAGACUGCUACAUCGUCUCUGGGUCCAGGGACGCGACCCUGCUGCUGUGGUACUGGAGCGGGCGGCACCAUAUUAUCGGUGAUAACCCCAGUAACACCGACUACCCAGCUCCACGAGCGGUCCUGACGGGUCAUGACCAGGAAGUUGUGUGUGUGUCCGUCUGUGCAGAGCUGGGCCUGGUCAUCAGCGGAGCCAAAGAGGGUCCGUGUCUGGUCCACACCAUCACCGGGGACCUGCUGCGGGCCCUGGAGGGGCCGGAUCACUAUCAGCGCGCGCGGCUCAUCUCGGUGUCCAGCGAGGGCCACUGCAUCAUCUACUACGAGAGGGGCCGCUUCUGCAACUUCAGCAUCAAUGGAAAACUGCUGGCACAGAUGGAGGUCAACGAUUCCACCAGGGCCAUUCUCCUGAGCAGCGACGGCCACAACCUGGUGACCGGCGGGGACAACGGCGUGGUGGAGGUGUGGCAGGCUUGUGAUUUCAAACAGCUCUACGUCUACCCGGGCUGUGACGCCGGCGUCCGGGCCAUGGACCUAUCACACGAUCAAAGGACGUUGAUCACGGGCAUGGCGUCCGGCAGUAUCGUGGCGUUUAACAUAGAUUUCAAUCGGUGGCACUAUGAGCAUCAGAACCGCUACUGAGGAGACAGAAGCACGCAGCGGGGGGGGGCAAGUGUGCAGAGAGGAACAGCGACAGCCAGGGGGCGCACCACAGAGCAGAGAGGUGCGCCAGUGGUUUGGACAACAUCUGCACAGUGAAGAUGAUAAAGAACAAAGUGUGCUCGCGUCAACUUGUUGCCCAUUUGUCUGUUUGCUUAACAAUCCCAACACCGUUUCUGUGGGUUUUACCUGAGCACCAGCCGAACGCAGCCACACUCACCUGCUGUCGUGGACGAGGAGACACUGAGAUCAACUUUGGUUAAAAAAAAAGGAAACGACCCAGUUUAAGCUUCGAAACAGACCUGGAUGUACGAUUUAAAGUUCCUGUAUCAAACUGUGAAAAACUAAAAUGUAUCUUCUGUUCAAAAACAUUUAUACAACAUUUGUAUGACGGAUACAUGUCUCACUUUUCUAGCAACAUAAAUAAAGUGUAAAUAUGGACAGUGUAAAGAUCUAAAUGCUGUUAGUCUGUAGCCUUCAUGUUCUAAACCUCUCAGUCACGUGAACCAUGCGUAAACGUUCAAAAUGGCGUCAUUGCACUGCAGACGUCAGUGACACGUGUGUGCGGCCAUCGUUUGCUCUUUGUUAUUAACAGUGGUCCGAUGUGCAAACGUGAAAAAAAACAACGUUCAUUGUUAAUUUGUUGUUUGAUUGUCUAAAUAGAAGAAAAGUCUAAUUCAGUGUGAGUCUGUCGUGAAGUAUUUGUUUUUGAUUACCACGUCAACAGAAAAUAAUCAAUUGUGAUAUUCCCAUACUUACUUUAAAUUUAGGACUAUUUUGUUUUAUAGGACUAUUUUGUUUUAUGAAUGGCAAAGGAUUAAAUUUACUUUAAAAUCAUAAAAUGAUUCAAGUGGGAAACAGUUGUUUCAGAAAUCCCAUCCAGAGGAUUAAAGAACUGGAUUCUUGGAUAGUUUCUCAUGACCGUUAACACGUUCGUGGUGAAGCUGUCAGACAUUAUUUUAAGAGAAAGUGUCAUUUUUAAGACAUUCUACAAUUGUUACUUGUGCAUCUCAACACUUUUUCAGUUUGCCCAUUUUUGCACAAAACAUGAGCUCGUUAAUUUUAAGUAUGUGAAAUCAUGAUCCUGCUGUGACACCAUGUAUUGUUAAGCAAUAUAACGUCUGAUGAGUGUUUUCAGCUGUUUGACGAUGAGAUGAUCUAAUGAGUAGUGGAAGGUUCCAAAAGGGACUGUGAGCUAUUUUUGGUGAAAUGAAAAAACGAUUGUUUCUGUAUUUAGUUGCUGAAACGAGAAGUCGGUCGCCGUGAGCCGACGAUUUAAAGUGAACAAAAAUAUGCAAAUGAUUUUGAGUUUGCAUUCUUAUUGUCUGUUGGUGCUACGAGACAAACGCCGGACCCAGAGCUGAGGUCGUGCAUGCUAACAGCCGCUGGAGCCAUCGGGUUUACUUUGCUCUUCAUUACUGUGAAUUUAUCUGUUUGACAAUUCGUUGGCAUCGAGAAGUGUAUUUUUAUUUUAUUUAAGAUUUUAAGAUACAUUAAGAUUUGUUUUACCAAAUAGUUUCCGCUUAUGUGAUAAAUCAAAGUGAAGAACUAAAUUGAACUGCUGUCAUUUGUUGUGUUUUUUUAAUACAGAUGAAUAAACA